CGCCCGUCCUCGGCCGCCCGUCAUGACCACACCCACCUCGCAGGUACGCCAGAACUACCACCAGGACUUGGAGGCCGCCAUCAACCGCCAGAUCAACCUGGAGCUCUACGCUUCCUACGUCUACCUGUCCAUGUCUUACUACUUUGACCGUGAUGAAGUGGCUUUGAAGAACUUUGCCAAGUAUUUUCUUCACCAGUCUCAGGAGGAGAGGGAACAUGCUGAGAAACUGCUGAAGCUGCAGGACCAACAAGGUGGCCGAAUCUUUCUUCAGGAUAUCAAGAAACUGGAACGUGAUGACUGGGAGAAUGGGCUGAAUGCUAUGGAGUGUGCAUUACACUUGGAAAAAAGUGUGCAUCAGUCACUGCUGGACUUGCACAAACUGGCUACUGAAAAAAAUGACCCUCAUUUGUGUGACUUCGUUGAGACUCACUACCUGGAUGAGCAGGUGAAAUCCAUCAAAGAACUGGGUGACCAUGUAACCAACUUGCGCAGGUUGGGAGCCCCUGCCUCUGGCCUGGCAGAGGAUCUCUUUGACAAGCACACUCUGGGAGACAGUAAAAAUAGCUAAGCCUUAGGCUGCCUUCCCACAGCCACGGGAGUGACUUCCCUGGUCACCAAAGCAGUAUGUGCAUGUUCGAGUUACCUUUACCUUUUCUAUAACUUGUACCAAUCAUCCACUUAUGUCCUUCAUUUG